AUGGCCACCUUCUUUGAUUGCCACGAUUACCAAAUCGCCCUGGCCUCCCUCGCCGCCUUCUUCCUUCUCCACCUCCUCCGCCUCUCCCGCCGGACCCCCGGCUCCGCCCCGACCCGCUGGCCCGUCAUCGGCAUGAUGCCAACCGUCGUCCGCAAUAUCAGCCGCAUCCACGACUACAUCACCCAAGUCCUCAACGAAUUCGGCGGCACCUUCACCUUCCGCGGUCCCACCUUCGCCCGCAUGGACAUGCUCUUCACCUCCGACCCGGCCAACAUCCACCACAUAUUCGUUCGCAAAUUCCACAACUACCCAAAAGGCCCCGACUUUCGCGCCAUCUUCGACGUCCUCGGCGACGGCAUCUUCAGCUCCGACUCCGCCCUCUGGGAGCUCCACCGCCGCGCCACCCUCUCCCUCCUCAACGACGACAAAUUCUACGCCCUCCUCGAGAAAACCGUCUGGGACAAGGUCCGGACCGGCCUCGGACCGGUCCUCGACCACUUCUCCCGGUCCGGCACCGAGUUCGACCUUCAAGACGUUCUCCAACGUUUCUCCUUCGACAACAUCUGCCGAUUCUUCCUCGACCACGACCCGGGCAGCCUCUCCGUCGACCUUCCCGAUGUCCCGUGCGAGCGCGCGUUGGGAGACGCGCUCGAGCCCCUCUUUUACCGCCACAUCGUUCCGAAGCCCAUCUGGAAGCUUCAAAAAUGGCUCGUGAUCGGGCAAGAGCGCAAGCUAAUCGAGUCGUGGAAAGCCUUCGACGACUUCAUAUACAAACACAUCGACACGUCAUCGUCCCACGAGGGACUAAACGUGUUUGCGUCGUUCGUGAAGGCGUACAACGAAGGGAGAGAAAAAGGGCUUUGUUCGUCGGGGAAUCUUCGGGGAUUCCUUCGUGACACGUUUCUCGGGUUGCUUUUCGCGGGUCGGGACAGUUUGAGCGUGAGCUUGACUUGGUUCUUCUGGUUAAUAUCGAGGAAUCCUCAGGUCGAAGAGAAGAUUAGAGAAGAGAUGGAGGAGAUUUUAAAGAUUAAAAAGGGGGGAGAGUGGAGAUUUUUCGAGAUGGAAGAGUGUAAAGGAUUGGUUUACCUACACGCGGCGCUUUGCGAGACGUUGAGGCUUUACCCGCCGAUAGGGUUGGAGCUGAAGUACGCGGCGGAGGAGGAUUUUUUGCCGAGCGGGCACAGGGUGCGCCCGGGGACAAGGGUGGUGGUGUCGUUUUACUCGACGGGGAGGUUGGGGAGCGUGUGGGGGGAGGAUUGUGGGGAGUUCCGGCCGGAGAGGUGGCUGGUGGAGCCGGGGAGGGUGAGGAACGAGCCUCCGGCGAGAUUUCCGGCAUUCAACGUGGGGCCGAGGAGCUGUCCGGGGAAGAAGAUGUCGUUCUUGGAGAUGAAGAUGGUGGCUGCGUUCAUGGUGCACCACUUCGACGUGAGAGCGGUGGCCGGGCAGGUGGUGGCGCCGAGGAACGCGAUCAUGCUGAAGGCGAGGAACGGGCUGAGGGUUAGGCUUACUGGAAAGUACAGGCAGUGA